AAACAACACUACAACGCGUACCUUCAAAUAAAACACAUACCUUUCAACCUCUACCUCUUUCUUUACUCUUUCUACAACAUCCUUGCUACAAACUCACUGUAAGUACAUAUAUCUUUUGAUCUACUUCUUUGUCUUGUGUAUACUUCACUAACUCAUCUUAAUGUUAGCAAAUGGCUCGUAUUAAGCAAACUGCUAGGAGAUCAACUGGCGGCACAGCACCAAGGAUGCCACUUGGAUUACAGGCUGGCUCUAGGCUUGGUGGAAAGGGAAAGGGAAAGGAAAAGGCUGUGCGCACAGCAAGAAAAGCUCCAGUUCGCUCAUCUCAAGCUUGCAACAAUCAUGCUCAGAAGGCCAUGCGCCGUGCAAAGUCUGGUAAGAGGAUUACCAGAGGAUUACCAGAACUCUCUAAUAAACAUAUAGGCACCAAGGCUCUCCGCGAUAUCAGAAGACAGCAACUUGAUACUCGCCUGAUUAUUCCAAAGCUCUCAUUCCAGCGUCUUGUUAGGGAAAUCGCACAAGACUUCAAGUCCAAUCUUCGCUUCCAGCAAUCUGCUAUCCUAGCUCUCCAGGAAGCUGCCGAAUGCUUCCUCAUUCGAGAAUUUGAGAUGACAAAUCUCCUUGCUAUUCAUGCGAAGAGAGUGACAAUUCAGGCAAAGGAUAUGGUAUUGGUUCGGCGUUUGCGGGAUAUGAUGUUUAAUCAUGGAGCUGUAGGCUUAAUCGAUGGAAAUGUCUCUCACCCAGGAAUGAAGGUUAGAUAAGUUCUGGCAAAG